GCACCGAGGCAGAGUAACCGAUUAGGCACUCACUCUCCAUUAUUGCCCCACCGGGCCCUGGCGUGCGCAGGUUCCACGCCGAUCCGCACGCGGAGCCCGGGAGCACCGCCCCCCCAAUUCCGGCGCCCACGGCCUCGCCGAUGCUCCGCUCACUGGCGGGCGCCGGCUGCGUCAUCGGGACGCGACAUUGCAGCAGCACCGGCGGAGACUUGAAGUGCCGGCAGCUGCAGGAGCGGAAGCCGGAGCUGGCGGAGCUGCCGGGUGCAGACCGCGAGGGCGACAGCGGCUGCGGGACGCUGCUCGGGCCCAGAGCGCCGCGACAGGUGCGUCGUCGCCCUCUCCGCUGGACCCGGCGCCACGCCGGCAGCACAUGAUUUGGGAGUUACCUUUUGUGACAUGGAUGAAUCUGCACUGACCCUCGGCACAAUAGAUGUUUCUUAUCUGCCAAAUUCAUCAGAAUACAGUGUUGGUCGAUGUAAGCAUGCAAAUGAGGAAUGGGGUGAGUGUGGUUUCAGACCUACUGUCUUCAGAUCUGCAACCUUAAAAUGGAAAGAAAGCCUAAUGAGCCGAAAAAGGCCAUUUGUCGGAAGAUGUUGUUAUUCCUGUACUCCUCAGAGCUGGGAUAAAUUUUUCAACUCCAGUAUCCCAUCUUUGGGUUUGCGGAAUGUUAUUUAUAUCAAUGAAACUCACACAAGGCACCGAGGAUGGCUUGCAAGACGUCUUUCCUACGUGCUUUUUGUUCAAGAGCGAGAUGUCCAUAAAGGCAUGUUUGCCACCAAUGUGGCUGAAAAUGUACUGAACAGCACUAGAGUACAAGAGGCAAUUGCAGAAGUGGCUGCUGAACUAAAUCCUGAUGGUUCUGCCCAGCAGCAGUCAAAAGCCAUCAGUAAAGUGAGAAAGAAAGCCAAAAGGAUCCUUCAAGAGAUGGUUGCCACUGUCUCACCAACGAUGAUCAGAUUGACGGGAUGGGUGUUACUCAAGCUGUUCAACAGCUUCUUUUGGAAUAUUCAGAUUCACAAAGGCCAACUGGAGAUGGUUAAAGCUGCAACUGAGAUGAAUUUGCCACUUAUAUUUCUACCAGUUCACAGAUCACAUAUUGACUAUCUCCUGCUGACUUUCAUUCUCUUCUGCCAUAACAUCAAAGCACCAUACAUUGCUUCAGGCAACAAUCUUAACAUUCCCAUCUUCAGUACCUUGAUUCAUAAGCUUGGGGGGUUUUUCAUACGACGAAGGCUGGAUGAAGCGCCAGACGGACGGAAGGACAUUCUCUACAGAGCUUUGCUCCAUGGGCAUAUAGUUGAACUACUUCGACAGCAGCAGUUCUUGGAGAUUUUUCUGGAAGGCACGCGCUCUAGGAGUGGAAAAACCUCCUGUGCUCGGGCAGGACUUCUGUCAGUCGUGGUAGAUACUCUGUCUACUAAUACCAUCCCAGACAUCUUGAUAAUACCUGUUGGAAUCUCCUAUGAUCGUAUUAUUGAAGGUCACUACAAUGGCGAACAGCUGGGAAAACCUAAGAAGAAUGAGAGCCUUUGGAGUGUAGCUAGAGGAGUUAUCAGAAUGUUACGAAAAAACUACGGAUGUGUCAGAGUGGAUUUUGCACAACCAUUUUCCUUAAAGGAGUAUUUAGAAAGCCAAAGUCAGAAACCUGUGUCUGCUCCGCUCUCUCUGGAGCAAGCCUUGUUACCAGCUAUAAUUCCUUUAAGACCCAGUGACGCUGCGGACAAAGAUGCAGACCCAUCCACGAACGAGUCCAGAAAUGUAACAGAUGAGCCCUUCCGAAGAAGACUGAUUGCAAAUCUGGCCGAGCACAUCCUCUUCACUGCUAGCAAGUCCUGUGCCAUUAUGUCCACACACAUCGUGGCCUGUCUGCUCCUCUACAGACACCGGCAGGGCAUCGAUCUCUCCACAUUGGUGGAGGACUUCUUUGUGAUAAAGGAGGAAGUCCUGGCUCGUGAUUUUGACUUGGGCUUCUCAGGGAACUCAGAAGAUGUCGUCAUGCACGCCAUACAGCUGCUGGGAAAUUGUGUCACCAUCACCCACACCAGCAGGAACGAUGAAUUUUUUAUUACCCCCAGCACAACUAUCCCGUCGGUCUUUGAACUCAACUUCUACAGCAAUGGCGUGCUCCACGUCUUCAUCAUGGAGGCCAUCAUAGCCUGCAGCCUUUACGCCGUUCUGAACAAGAGGGGCUCAGGGGGGCCUGCGGGGCCGUCCCCCAGCUUGAUCAGCCAGGAGCAGCUGGUGCGGAAGGCCGCCAGCCUGUGCUACCUCCUCUCUAACGAAGGCACCAUAUCACUCCCCUGCCAGACAUUUCAUCAGAUUUGCCAUGAAACAGUGGGAAGGUUUAUCCAGUACGGCAUUCUCAUAGUGGCAGAGCAAGAUGACCAGGAAGACAUUAGUCCUGGUCUUGCCGAGCAGCAGUGGGACAAGAAGCUUCCUGAGCCCUUGUCUUGGAGAAGCGACGAAGAAGACGAAGACAGUGAUUUUGGUGAGGAGCAGCGAGAUUGCUACCUGAAGGUGAGCCAGUCCAAGGAGCACCAGCAGUUCAUCACCUUCUUGCAGAGGCUCCUCGGGCCCUUGCUGGAGGCCUACAGCUCCGCUGCCAUCUUCAUCCACAACUUCAGUGGUCCGGUCCCUGAGCCCGAGUACCUGCAGAGGCUGCACAAGUACCUGGUGGCCAGGACGGAGAGGCGCGUCGCCGUGUAUGCUGAGAGUGCCACUUACUGCCUUGUGAAGAAUGCUGUGAAAAUGUUUAAGGAUAUCGGGGUUUUCAAAGAGACCAAACAAAAGAGAGUGUCCGUUUUAGAACUCAGCAGCACGUUUCUACCUCAGUGCAACCGGCAAAAACUCCUAGAGUACAUUCUGAGUUUCGUGGUGCUGUAGGUUAGUCCUGGCACCUCUGGCAAGUGGAGGGUAUCAGACGAGUCCCUCGCAGGCUCCAGCCUCUGGCUCAAGAGCUGAAGGUGCCGACAUGUGGACAGGCCUGCCCUGUCCUGCUGUGACGAGCUGGAAGACAAGUGCCUUCCCCUCCGCGGGGCUGUGCUUACCCCCUCCUCCCGAGAUGACACAGCAGCCUCCGUGGGACGCUCGGGGGCCCCCACCCUCUGCUUGCAACUCAUCGUCAGUAGGUGACACAACGAAAUCUCAAAAAAUUAUUUUGGAAUUUAUUAAAGAUUUCCCUUUUAAGUAUUACUGUUAAGGACUAAAUUACUGUGAUGGGCACAAAAAUGUAGAUUCAUUCUAGAACCGAAUCUUACAUAGUAUACUUAAUACUGUCGGAUAAUUUGUCGAUACAUUUUCUGAUUAAUGGUUAAUGCUUCCUUUAAACAUAAUUGAGUCAUCCAUUCACUGGUUUUCUUUUUUUUUUUUUUUUUCGGUUUUAUCUUCAUCAAUAGUAGCUAAUUUUAAAGGGGACACCUUUCAUCCAAAGUGCUUUACAAAUGAAUGGGCUGAUCUAGAUCACACCCAGGUAUCACUGUGCUGUCCUUCGCAGUCAGAUUUAGAAAGUGUUUGACCAGCUACACGAAAACACAAUAUUAGUUUAGGUCAGAAAUAGAGCUAAUGUGAUCAAACAGUUCACAUCAGGAGGUAGAUUUGGCUGGCAGAGUUCAAAGUAAACUUGGCCAGAACACUGGCUUUGAACUUUUUGCUCAUAUAAAAAAGUGCCAUGAGUUUUAAAUGACCAGCAAGUAUUUAGGAAUGACACCUGUUUUAUGUCCAUACCCCUUCCCACCCCCCAGGUGGCACCUGCCUCUCCUGGGUACAGCUGUUUCUUGGAGAUUCUCCAACCAAACAGCAACUGUCCUAACUUGACUAGCCUGAUAGACUGUGUGAGCGGAAAGUGCUGUGGCUCGAGGCUGCUGACCCCGGGCUGUCAUGUACUGUGUAUAGGUUGUGCACUACACCCAGUCCGCGUGACUGGUGCCCACUCAAGUUGUGUGGUGUGCAACCUGUGCCACGUGUGUGGCAGCCCAAUUGACUGCUUCGUGGUUGGAGGCAGUUACAAAUUUUUAGCUGUGAGGGAAAACCAUGUUUUUUUAUAAAAUGUGUAUGGUUAUAUGCCUAAACCCUAAUGCCACAUGGUGGCAAAUUAUGAUGAAAAAUUGUCUGUUCAUAACGGGUAGGUGCCUUCGUAGGAGCAGGGAGCAUUACUGUCCAUUGUGGUAACUGUGGUGAUUUCAUAAAGAUCAUGUGAUAUUAAAACAUUUUCUGACAGCUUACUGUUUCUUCUCUCCAAUGGUAUUAUGGAAUUAGGAAUUUUUCCUGGUGAAUAUUGCAUAUAGUCUUUGAUUUGGAAGUACUGAGAAUUAAGUUUGUACUUUCAGAAGCUUGGACUUGAAACACUAAUGGCGUCUCAUGAAUAUCCCAUGUGUGUUGGGAGAAGGAAGGGGACUGACCGGUACUUCACGUCGUAUGAAAGAUCUCGUCUGAAACUCAUAGCAAUAAUGCUGUGCUGUCGUGAGCUUUUUUCCAGUCUUCUCAGAUUCUGUGUUUAAAAUCUAUUUGUUCUUUGUAGGAAUUCAUGUGCCCUUAGCCAUUGUCAGUGUUGUUGCGGCUCUGGUGUGGAGCAGGGUCCCCUCCUGGUAGUGCUCUGUUGUACUAACGGGGACGGAGGAACACUUCUUCUGUUGGCUGGAGCCGUGCAUGUGGGGGACCCCCAGGGAAACUUACUUAUUCCCACGGUAUUCUUUUUCUGGGUGGCAGUCACUGCACUAGUCUCUCUCAUUCUCCCUCUAAAUUAUAGAUCAAGGAUUGCUCAAGCUCUCUCUGAGUUACCUGGGAAGUCAAGGCUGGGACUGAUUUCGCGUGGACUCUGCUGCCUGGCCUGUGACUUCUGCUAAGGGCUGCUGUGCUAGCCUGAGCAGGGAACAAUGGCUUCUCUGGCUUCAUUUUUCUUUUCAGUUGGUUUGUUUCUAGAAAUGUAAUCAGAUGCUUUGGAGAAUGCAAUAUAUGAUUUGCUAGCUCUCUCGCAACUUAACUCACUGUGAGAAUAAAUAUGCAUGCUUUUUGUAAUUAACUGGUGCUUUGAAAACCUUUUUUAAGGAAGAAAAAAUCUCAACCAAAGUUAUGCUUAUCCCAACAAGCUGACCCUGAGUUAAUUUUAGCACAACUCAUUCUUCAGUGCCUCAUUACUGAAAAAAAACAUACAUCAUCACAGUAAGGCUUCCAGAUAGCACUGUUUUGCUUAAAGAUUUAUUCUCACUGUUUUCCAAAAGCGAAUGGCUUCCAUGUAAGAUUAUACAAACUAGGUGCUUGUAAAUAAUUUAUUACAGUUUACUCUACUGCAUUUCUCUAAAACUGAAAUGCAUGCCCUCCAGGGGAAGACUGUGAGUCAAAUUAAAACAAAACAAAAAAAAAACAAAAUCCAGUAAUAAGCAAUAUGAAUCUGCACGCUUUCCAACUGAGGAUGUCCUAAGUGAUUUCAGGAAAGAGGAAGGAUUUUUUUGUUCCCUUAAAUUUCAAGAAAAGCAAAGGGAAGGAACUUGUGUGAGACGUGUAGAACUCGUAGCACAGAACUAGUAACUCCUUAGUCUGCCUUCUCAGAUCUGUUCAGUCUCUCAAAGUCAUGAGGAUAAGUAGAGAAAAUACAUCAGGGAUUUCCAUGAAUGUAAACUCAGAUUAUGGAACUUCCAGGCACCUGAAGGGGAAAAGCAUUUCCCAUGGUUCUCCAUGUAAUCUGAGUGCUCUGUGAGAUGUUCGUGGGUGUUUCGUGGAGGUGUUGCUGGUAAAAUGUGUACGUGGAUCCCCUUGUUUUAGAAACUCACAGUGCACUCUAGCACGGCGUGGGCUCAAGCUGUGCUGGUCCCAGGCCUGUUCAAUGCAGCAUUUCCAAACUGUUGGGAUGCCAGGACCUCUUUCCCCCUUGGCAUCCCUUUGAACCUCUCACUAGUGUGCCAUGGAAAACAAUUUGGGAAACACUAUGUUAGGUAGUUCUCUAAGGGGACAAACCAAUGCAGAAUGCUAGGGAGGCAGAAUUUGCAUGCAUUUUGUACAAUCACCUAUUAGAGUUAGUUGGAUGUAUGUUCUCCCCCUGGAGACGAUAAGCACAGAAAACUCUAAUACAGGCGGUCAGGUCUCUUUCCGUUGAUGGAGAGAUCAGCCGUCCAUGAUCCUGGGUUUUUCCCUGAAAGUAAUAAAGUUAACAUAAGGAUUAAUUGGGGUAAAUAAUCAAGAUUUUAAUUCAGAUCUAGAAGAAAAUAUUGCACAACUGAAUGCAGAUUUUUAUCCACAGAUAGUUAUAGUGUUUAGAUAUGAUUAAGACCUAUCAUUGAAGUUUAUAAGACUUAAUUUGGAUGUAAUCUGUUUUUUAAAAUGCUCUUUUUAGGAACUUGAGACUUGGCAUCUGGUGUUCUAGUUUAAUACAAACUAAUGAUUGCAUUUGAAAGAAUUUUGACUUUAUUUCUAAACAUCUAGAGCUCUGAAAUGCCUUGAUGGAAGGUGUUAUUUUCCUGUUGUACAAAGAAAUGUUAAAUUGUUGUAAAAAGAAUUACUAUAAAAUGCUGUGAAAUAAUACUGCGUGAUUUUGUGAGCGAAACUUAUUUGGAAACGUUUGAUUUUUAUGCCUGUUAAUGUAUUGUAAGAAGCACAGAAGUGUAGUUUUGUUUUAAUAAACCCCAAAAUGAGUAUA